GUUCAACCCAAAGGCAGCGGAAGACAUGGCGACUGUGGAUCCGAUCGCCCUCGACCUCGUCGACUUCCUCAACGCUUCGCCAACUAAUUUCCACGCCGUCGAUGAGGCGAAGAAGCGCUUGAAACAAGCUGGCUUCGCUCAUCUAUCGGAGAGAGAGGACUGGGUGUUGGAAUCCGGGGGGAAGUACUUCUUCACGAGGAAUCACUCCACCAUCAUCGCCUUCGCCAUCGGAAAGAAAUAUGUUGCUGGGAAUGGAUUCCACAUUGUUGGAGCUCAUACAGACAGCCCGUGCCUCAAAGUCAAGCCUGUCUCCAAGGUAACAAAAGGAGGAUAUCUUGAGGUAGGUGUGCAGACAUAUGGAGGAGGACUUUGGCACACUUGGUUUGAUCGCGACUUAACCCUCGCCGGAAGAGUGAUAAAGAAGGAAGUGAAGGAGCAUUCAGUAACCUACUCACAUACCCUUGUCAGGAUCGAGGAGCCCAUCCUUCGGAUUCCUACCCUAGCUAUUCACUUGGACAGGAGCGUUACGGAAGGCUUCAAGUUUAACACACAUAGUCAUCUUGUACCUGUGUUGGCUACAUCAAUUAAGGGUGAGCUCCAGAAGCUUGUUGAUCAUAAUAGCUCAUCUGAGUCGAAUGAGAAAACAAAUGCUGAUAACAAAAAACAUCAUCCAGUACUACUGCAGCUGAUCGCUGACCACGCUCAUUGCCAUCCAGAUGAAAUAUGCGACUUCGAGCUGCAAGUUUGUGAUACUCAACCAAGUGUCGUUGGUGGUGCAAUGAAGGAAUUCAUUUUCUCUGGAAGACUUGACAACCUAUGCAUGUCAUUUUGUGCACUAAAGGCAUUAAUAGACUCCACCUCUGUUGAAAGUUCUCUUGGUGAUGAAACUGGCGUAAGGAUGGUGGCAUUAUUUGAUCACGAGGAGGUCGGAUCAGAUUCAGCUCAGGGUGCUGGAUCUCCCGCCAUGUUGGAUGCUCUAUCAAGAAUAACAAAAUACUUUAAUUCUUCAGAUCCCACGUUGCUCGAGAAGUCAAUCCAUAGGAGUUUUCUCGUAUCGGCAGACAUGGCACAUGCUUUACAUCCUAAUUUUAUGGACAAGCACGAGGAAAAUCAUCAACCAAAACUACAUGGUGGUCUUGUAAUUAAACACAAUGCCAAUCAGCGUUAUGCAACAAAUGCUGUUACUGCAUUCAUAUUUCGAGAAAUUGCGGAGAUGCAUAACUUACCAAUUCAGGAUUUUGUGGUUCGGAACGACAUACCAUGUGGUUCAUCCAUCGGUCCCAUACUUGCAAGCGGUGUCGGAAUCCGAACAGUUGAUGUUGGCGCUCCUCAGUUGUCGAUGCACAGCAUCAGAGAGAUGUGUGCAGUCGAUGAUGCCAAGCACUCUUAUGAGCAUCUCAAGGCAUACUUCGACGAGUUCACAGAGCUGGAUAACAAGUUGAUCGUGGACUGCUAAUCGAUUUAAAGGAUGAUGCAACAGAUGAUGCCAAGUUCGGUGGUUACCUUUUCCUAAACUAAUUAUGUCGGCAUGACAUUCUGGGAACGAUUAACUCAAUGGGUUUUGUCUCAAAAACUAUCAGCUGUCACAUUGAACUCCUAUUUGAACAUCUAGAUGUCAAGAGUAUCUCGUUACUACCCACCCUAA